AUGGCACCAUCAUUAGAUACCGAGGUUGUGGUCGUGGGAGCAGGACCUGUUGGCCUUCUUACGACCCUCUUACUAGCCAAAGCAGGCGUCAACGUCCUCCUCCUUGAGGCCCUCCCGGACAUCGAUGACUCUCCCCGCGCAAUGGCGUACGGGCCACCAGCCAUAGUCGAACUUGAACGAGCUGGCAUCGCCGCCGACGCGCGUAAGGUGGGCAUGGAAACCUCGGACUAUGACUUCAGGCUUCGAUGGAUCACCAUCGACAACAAGACGGUCGCCGAAUUCAAGCCCGAAGACAGGAUCCCUGGGUCCUUUGACGCCGUGCUUUGUGGUCAGUUUCAGCUGGCUAAGAUCAUUCAGCGGCAUCUCAGCGAUUACAGUUGCGCAAAAAUCCUCUUCAAUCACCGUGUGAGCGACAUCACGGAAAACGACGACUCCAUAACAGCCUCAUGCGACACACCAGCAGGCACCAAGAAGAUCACAGCGGAGUACCUGGUCGGGGCAGAUGGCGGGAAGUCAACCGUGCGGAAGAUCCUCGAUUUGGGGUACGACGGCUUCACGCUGCCACAGUGGCUGGUCGCAUGCAAUGUCAGGUAUCCGUUCCGUGACUACGGAUUCCAACGAGGACAAUUCAUCGUCCACCCCCAGCAUUUCUGCAUGGUGGGGAAGAUCGAUCCGACGGGCUUGUACCGCGUCUCGUACAACGAGCAGGAGCAUCUGACCAAGGAGGAGGUACUCGCGAACGUGCACAAUAAGUUCGAGGCAAUCUUCCCUGGUCCAAAACCGCUCUCCAAGGACGCAUACAAGAUCGAGGUAGUCAGCCCCUAUCGUAUUCAUCAACGGAGCGCCAGAUCGUAUCGAAAAGGGCGAGCUUUUCUCGCCGGAGAUGCGGCGCACGCGUGUUCUCCAUUUGGCGGGAUGGGCUUGACCGGCGGCAUAUGUGACGCAGGCGGGCUCGCCGACUGUCUGAUCGGUGUGCUUCGCAAGAGCUGCGACGACUCUCUGCUAGACAAAUACGCCGAGAUCCGGAGACAGAAGUAUCAGGAGAUCACCAAUCCCGUCAGCUAUGGCAAUACUUGUGCAUUGAGGGAUACGGACCCUGAGACAGCAGCAACGUCAGCUGAGCCCUUUAAGACGAUGAAUACUUCGCCAGAGGCUCGAAGGAAGAUGUUGGAAAGUGCAUAUCUUCUCGGACAUGACUUCAGACAAUACUGGCCAGCAUCACAGACACUAGGCAAGGACGAAAAGCACGAAGGUCCACCCAUGAGAGCCGGCACCGCCGGCCCAAACGCCAUGCUAUAG